AUGUACAUAGACCUUCCAGGAUGGCUUUACCAGUGCUGACCGCGGAGGAGGUACAGGAAGUGUUGCGGGAGGCGGAAAUGGAGAUGCUGGUGAACUAUGUACAGAAUCUAUGGCGAAGCGCCCACGUCGCCACCCCUGGUGUUUCUGGAGAGACGGAAAUGCUUUGCAACUUUGCGGAUGACAAUUUGAGAGUUUCUGGACCCUCACAGUCGGCCUUUGCGGAUAACAAUUUAAUAGUUCCUGGACCCUCACAGGCGGCCUUUGCGGAUGACAAUUUGGGAGUUCCCUGCCCCUCACAGAUGGCAUCAGAGGAGCUUGAUUCGGAUGAUGGAAUGAACACAUCCGUGGGUGCCCUACAAUGCCUGCCGCCCAAAAAACGGUUUUUGGUGAUGCACGGAGCAGGGAGACGCAAACGAUCGCGCGCUAAGCAACCGACCGCAACUCAGCGCACGCCGCGCCCUAGUCCUCCGUCCGAGGGUGAGCGCCCUGGAUCUCCGCAACCCGCACUGCUCCGUGCAUCGAGGGACCUGACACCGAGCCCUAGUCUGCCGCCUGUGGCUCCGCGCCUGGCAACGCCGCAACCAGCACCACGACCAUCGAGGGACCAGACACCGAGCCCUAGUCUGCCGCCUGUGGCUCCGCGCCUGGCAACGCCGCAACCAGCACCACAGCCAGCAUCUCCACCGCAGCCCGCCUCUCCACACCAGCCCGCCUCUCCGUCGCAGCCCGCCUCACCAUCAUCAACACUUCAAACGCUUGCACCACACUCACCGCAACAAAGUGGUAAUAUUACUUCCGAUGCAAUUGAACAUUUAAAUUUUAGGUUACUCGGAGAAGAAGUGAGGGAUUUGCCCCACAUGGAUGCGGCUAUUUUAACUUUGAAUCUGAUUCUCAACGAUCCACCAACGGAGCCUACCUCGGGAGCUGAAACAUAUAGCCCCUGGUUACACAACACUUUGGCUCAACUAAUUCUUUUUUCUUUGGAAAAAGGAGCUGUAAGACCCCAAGAUAGAGUACAGUUAGAGAUAGCCAGUUUCAAUUCCGCAAAUAAGCCAUUGUUUAUAACACCUAGACGAGGUGACCAGUUGUCACCAGAGGUAUUAUUUCAGCGACUGGAAAAGAUUCUGAACUCAAACGAGGAUUUUCUCCUUGAUGGCCCGUUGAGAAUUAGAUUCACUGUUAAAAGAUGCCUAGUAGGUUAUGGUAGGAUAACAGUGGGUGUUAAUCUGACAAUGAGUCAUCAAAAAUUUGUGACCACGAAAAAAGGUAUCAUCAACAUCCCGAAUGAUGAUGGUCUCUGUUUAGCCCGUGCGAUUGUUAUGGGCAGAGCUCACGUGCAUAGAUUGGAUAGCCCUGAGGCAAUGACUGAAUACAAAUGGCUCAUUAGGAAAGAUUGUGAUGGACAGGAACGAGCAGCGUUACAACUGUGUGACUUGGCUGGCGUCGAUUUGACAUUUGGAGGAGGACUCGAUGAAGUGAGAAACUUCCAAGACGCAUUGCCAGGUUAUACACUCACUGUAUUCGACGAUAGACGGGGAACCAGUGUUGCGUUUGAAGGUCCUCCAGGCACCGAUGCUCAACCUAGGCGUCAUAUUGAUCUCUUCUAUGAAGAUGGUCAUUUUGUAACAAUCAGCAACUUAACAGGAUUUUUGGGUAAUAACUACUGCAGAUUGUGCAAAACAUCAUAUCAUAAAAUAAUGGACCAUAGGUGUAAACAAGCAUGUCCGCAGUGCUGUGCUGUACCAAGGUGUGAAUUGAAUGAGAGAGGUCGUUUUUGUCAAAACUGCGGUAGAUUCUUUUUAAGUGGUGAUUGUUACAAUAAUCAUCUCAAAGUGUACGAUGGUAAAAAAACAGUGUGUGAAUUGAUAAAACGAUGUCUUGCUUGUCAGAAAGUGUAUAGUACAAAGAGAAGAGAAAAAAUGCCACACAAAUGUGAGGAAAUGUACUGCGGCGUCUGCUCCAAGUAUGUCCAGAGAGGUCACCAGUGUUUUGUCACACAAGUAAAAGACGAGCAAAAACCUUCUAAGAGAGGAUUUCUGUUUGUAUUUUACGAUUUGGAGUGUCAACAAAGUACUCCAACAGACAAACCUGGAGAGUUUCUGCACGAGGCGAAUCUGUGUGUUGCACGGCAGUACUGCGAUAAGUGUCUGGACAUUGAGGAUCUGAAUGCUUGCGAAAAUUGUGGUAUGCGUGAGAUAGUGUUUGCAGGAACAAAUUGUGUUAAAGAGUUCAUAGCCCAUCUGCGUCAGCCAAAACAACAUUUUUCAAGCAUAACAUGCGUUGCGCAUUAUGGCUCAGGUUAUGAUUUCCAUUUCAUCUUGAGGGUUUUGGCUGUCGAAGAGGGGUGGACUCCUGCCAUGAUUUCCAACGGUGCCAAACUUAUGCGUGUCAAAAUUGGUAACAUCACGUUUAUUGAUUCACUGAAUUUUUUAUGUGCACCACUGUCUAAACUGCCUAAAAUGAUGAGCAUCGGUGAUGGGGAGUUAAACAAGGGGUACUUUCCUCACAUGUUUAACAGGCCUGAAAAUGCAGGCUACGUUGGACCCAUGCCACCUGUAGAAAUGUACACGCCUGAUGACAUGUCGGACGCUGGAAGACGAGCUUUUCUGUCUUGGUAUGAGCAAAAAGUUGAAGAGGACCAUGUUUUUGAUUUCGAUAAGGAGCUACUAUUUUACUGCAAGCUUGACGUUGAAAUACUAGCUAAAGCUUGUCUGAAAUUCAGAGCCAUGUUUCUCAAAGAAACAACCAUAGAUCCGUUUAGGGAGUGCGUAACUAUCGCUUCCGCAUGCAUGAAAACCUAUUUGAAACUCUUUUAUGAACCGCGUACUAUUGCCAUCAUACCGAAAACAGGUUACCGCAGAGCUGACAAUCAAAGCACAGCAGCUUUGUUAUGGUUAGAUUGGUAUGCUCAUUCGCAGAAUCUUAACGUUCGGCAUGCUGGGAAUGGCCGCGAGGUAGUACCUCCUGGUCUUCGAUGCAAAGUUGAUGGUUAUGUCCCUGAGUUGAAAUUGAUUUUGGAGUUUUAUGGUUGUUUCUUCCACGGCUGUGAAAAAUGUAAAAGAGACGGGCGGGACAGACCGAUCGCCAAUGCGCCCGAUGAGACCUUUAAUUUGCGUUUCCAACGAACCUUAACCAAAGAGUCUACAAUUAAAGCCGUAAAAGAUCAAAAUAAUGAUCCUGUAUACCAUCUCGUGACAAUGUGGGAAUGUGAGUGGGAACUUUUGAAAAAUACGAAUGCUGAUGUAAAGACCUUCUGUCUGAAUUCUAAAGCCGAAUAUCUUGUCCCUCCUCUAGUUCCCAAAGAUGCCUUCUUUGGGGGUCGGACGAAUGCUGUCAAAUUAUUUAAAGAAACAGAUGUUCUAGCUGGCGAAACGAUACAUUAUGACGAUGUUUGCUCUUUAUAUCCGUAUGUGUGCAAAUAUGGAGAGUUUCCUGUCGGCCAUCCCACAGAAAUUUUGUACGGCGCAGAGUGUGAUGGGAAGAAAAUAACGCAUAUUAAAGGUCUCAUCAAGUGCAAGGUUUUACCACCCCCAGUGUUGUAUCAUCCAGUGUUGCCAUACAGGAGUGGAGGUAAACUCCUCUUUCCAUUGUGUAGGACAUGUGCAGAGGAAUGUGUUCAGGCAUUUUGUACUCAUACUGAUGAGGAGCGUAGUCUUACAGGAACAUGGGUCUCCUUGGAGUUACAAAAGGCAGAGGAGCUAGGAUAUAAGGUAGUAAAAGUAUAUGAAAUCUGGCACUACAAAACGACCAAAUUUGAUAAACAAACAAAAACAGGGGGUCUCUUUGAUAAAUACGUGAAUAAAUUUUUAAAACUUAAGCAAGAGGCUAGUGGCUGGCCUCAAUGGUGUGUCACUGAGGAAGAUAAAGUAAAGUAUAUUGAAGAGUAUGAACGCAAGGAAGAUAUCCGAUUGGAUCGUAACAACAUACAAAGUAAUCCAGGGUUCCGAUCCAUUGCUAAAUUAUUGCUCAAUUCAUUUUGGGGGAAGUGGGGUCAGCGUGACAAUUUCACCGAAGCCAAAUUGUUCAAUGAUCCAGCUGAAAUAACUAGUGUGUUUGAGGACCCUUCAGUUGACAUCCAAAGCUUCCAUCCCAUCUCAGAUGAGGUAAUGUUAAUCACUACUAAAGCAACGGAGGAAGCAAUAAUUCCGAGCAAAAAGUCCAAUGUUGUUCUAGCGGCUUUUGUGACGGCACAAGCGCGUUUAAAACUUUUCUCUUAUUUAGAAAAAUUGCAACACCGCGCUCUGUAUUUCGAUACAGACUCGGUAGUGUACACGCGCAGACCAGGUGAACAGUUGCUAGAGAGGGGUGAUUACCUCGGUGAUCUUACAGAUGAACUGGCCGCUUAUGGUGAGGGCUCGUUUAUAACGACUUUUGUCAGCGGUGGACCGAAAAACUAUGGGUAUGAAGUUGCUGUUAAAGGUGACAGAAGUAAUAAACAAACCGUGUGUAAAGUCAGAGGUAUCUCUCUAAAUUACAGAGCUUCCAGAUUGGUAAAUUUUGAAACUAUUAAAAGGUCUAUCCUGAAUGAAAUUGCUCCAAUUCUUGUUCCUAUCCCCUACAAAAUUGUUAGAAGACCUGAAUGGCGAAUCACAACAACAUCCCAAAGUAAAAUUUAUAGAGUAGUCUACACAAAACGACGUCGACUGGAGGGUUCUUACGAUACUCUGCCUUAUGGAACAAAAAGGAUCCGUCUAUCGUAAUCUCUGUUUUUCACUGACUAUUAUCUUGUUGUUGUUUUUUUCUUGUGAAAUUUUUUGUAACCCUCAGCUUCUUCUCCGAAAUCUCUCACGUUGCACUUGUAUUUUAAAAUUUUAAACUGUGACACAUUUUAUUUUAACAUUUCAACUUUGAAAACUCUCAUUCUUUCAAAUGGAACAAUUUCUUUUUCUCGGAACAUUUACAACAUUUUAUUAUUGUUAUUAUUAUUUUGCAUCGCCACAACUUCGUUACCACUCAUUUGCUUUCCCAUUUUCAUGUUCAAUCUGCUUUCUUGUCAAUAAAUGUACAAAUGUAAACAAAAUAUUUUUUGGUUCAAUGUUCUUGUAAAUAAGAAAA